AUGGUCGCGUGCUCCGGCCGCGUCCGUUCGAGCCCCACCGCCGCCUGGCACGCCUGCGACGGCGAUGCAAGCCACGACGCGAGCAAGACCGAGCUCAAGCACGCGAUUCGGUUCUCGAUGACCGACAAGGGCCUGGAGGAGCACUCGUUCGUCGAGAGCGGCGACAGCGGCAAGUACAAGCUCUGCGGCGACUGCGCGGUCGUCGUCCUCCGGGCCAUGCUGUCCAAGUCGCCGCUCAAGUGCGAGAAGACGGGCAAGAAGGGAACCAUCGCGAACCAGACGUUCAUCAGCGACGUGCUGAAGAUGACGUCGAUGAAGGACAAGACGCAGAGCCCCUGGCCCACGGGCGCCGCGCGGACGGCCGACGCGCUCUUCGCCGAGUGCGAGCACGACAUCGAGAAGGAGAAGAAGCCCGCCGAGGCCAUGGAUGAUGACGACGAGGACGAGCCGCGCGCGCGCCGCGUCACUGAGAAAUUCGUCGAGGCCAAGGCCGACGGCGACGGCGACCUCCUCGACAAGCUCUGGCCCAUGGCGCGGCCCUUCUUGCCCAAGAGGACCCUCACGUACAACGUCCUCGUGGUCACGUGCCUCGUCAUCCUCAAGCACAACGGCCACAAGGUCUCCGCGCCGUGGGACGCGUACUUCGAGGGCCAGGAGGUCCUGCGCUGGAUCGCGCGCCUCUACCCGAGCAUCGGCAAGUCCCUGUACAAGGAGCUCCUCGGCCAGGCCACGCCCAAGGACGAGCGCUGGGACAUCAAGUCCAAGAACCUCGUGUUCUUGCCGUCCUACAAGCAGCUCAAGGACUACGCGGGGACGCCGUACACGCUCCGCUCCGUGCUCACGCUCGGCGCGAACGACACCAUCAUCAGCGCGAUCUCCACCUUCAAGACCGCGGGCGUCGACCCGUGCGUCGUCGCGGUCACCUUCGACAAGGUGCACGUGAACAAGCAGUCGAUGAUCGUGUACGAGGACGGCGAGCCCUACCUGCUCGGCGGCGCGACGCGUUCUGACCUCCAGGGCGCCAUGCUCAAGUACAGCGACCUCGCCGGCAAGUCGCUGGUGCCCGAGGCCGAGCUCGCCGACGGCUUCCUGACGCUCGUGCUCUCGGACAUGUUCAAGAAGACGCCCCACGGCAUCUUCGUGAAGGCGCUGCCGAUCGGCGCGGAGAACGCGGAGCUGCUCUACGCGGUCGCGGACAGCGCCGAGUGGGACGACGGGCCGACGUUCGGCGCCACGAACCCGAUGGUCGGCGCGCUGCGCGGCGCGGCGCCGCGGCGCGCGUCGGACAGCAAGCCACCGGAACUCGCCGCUCCUCCGCCGCCGCCGGGCUUCGACGUCGAGGACCCGCAGCGGCGCGCGUCGGCGCCGGAGCGCGCGUCCGACGCGGAGGCUCCGGGCCUCCGGCGCACGUCGGCGCCGGCGUCGACGCGCGCCGCCCUUUCGGCGCCGGCGUCGACGCGCGUCCCCGAAGCGAGCCGCGGCGACGCGCUGCGGCGCGACAUCUCCGCGCUGGACCGCGAGGUCCAGGCCGUGCUCUCGAAGCGCUCCCCCCACAAGCGGCAGACGGUCAUGGGCAAGGCCUGGCACGCGGCCGUGACGGCGCUCGUGGAGCGGGAAAAGGAGGAGAUCGCGCUCCGCGCCUGGGAGAACGCCAUCGACUUCGGGAGCUCGUCGGCGGGCCUCUCCAUCUACCUCGUCGCGGCCGUCACGGAGUCGCGGCGCCGCGACAUCGGCAAGUGCAUCUUCCUCGUCGUCCUCUGCUUCACGGUGCAGUGCGUCCUGCUCGUGUCCAUCACCUGCGAGUUCAUCGAGGGCCCGGCGACCAUCGUCGCGCCGGGCUUCCAGCCGCACGUCAACGACGGCACCCUCCGGCGCAAGUGGGCGCGGCACGUCGCCGCCGACGCGGCCGCGGCCGCGCUCCUGUCGCUCAUCGUCUGGAUCAUGUGGGUCAAGUUCAACGGCCUGCGCGUCUACCGCAUCUACUGGGAGGGCCGCCGCGUCCGCCGCUGGGUCCUCGUCUUCGCGAUGCUCGCCAAGGUCGCGCUCCCGCGUCCCGAGAGCGUCACGCUCAUCUUCUGCUCCUGCUUCAUCACCUACAUGCUCUUCCGCGGCGACAACGCGCUCCUGUCGAUGAUCCUGAACGUCAUGAAGAUCCAGUACGUGAACCGGCUCGACACGGAGGUCGUGCGCAUCGGCCGCGAGGCGCCGCGCCUCGGCUGCGUCAUCGGCGACGCCGAGGACCUGACGGCGAGCGUCGCGCGCGACCUGCGCAAGCGGGACCUGCCGAAGACGCUGACGAAGAUCGAGUCGGCCAGCUUCGCGACGAUCCGCAAGCUCGCGCGCGUGCGCCUCUCGCAGGCCAUCCUCGAGUGCGUCUUCCGCGUCUGCCGCCUCGCGUUCCGGAUCUGCGCGUUCGCGCUCCUGUUGACGUGCGCGACGGGCGGCCACAUCGCGCACAUCCACUUCCGCAACGUGCUCUGGUUCCUCACGCUCCUGAAGCAGCGCUACCCGUCGGAGUCGUCGGAGUACCUCCACGUCUUCAUCGUCGACUCGCCGAAGACGGACGUCAAGUACUCCGUCAUCGUCUGGAUCAUGGUCGCCGCCGUCGCGUGCCUCGCGCGCCUCGGCCGGCUCUGCUGCAAGACGUGCUGCAAGCGCGUCGGCAAGGGGCCCUGCCAGGCCGUCGCGCGGGCGCUGUCGCUGCGCCGCGAGCGCUCGGCGACGACGACGCGCGAGAGCCCCGAGGCCCUCGACCUCGAGCUCGCGCCGGCGCGGCGGGCCCGCGCGCCGACCCUCGGCGCCAUGGACGACUGCUAA